CGAUUUCACUAUCCCUUUUCCAGUCCGCCUAGCUACUUACAUCUCAUCUCAUACUCUUCAGUACCGCCUCGUUGACAUCGUAAUGGCUUCUACGACACAACGUCCUAUCGUCUUCAUGGACAUCAACAUCGGUGAAACCCCAGCAGGUCGCAUCAAGAUGGAACUCUUCAGCGAUAUCGUACCCAAAACGGCCGAGAACUUCCGGCAACUAUGCACUGGGGAGUGCAGACGCGAUGCGCGUCCACAAGGAUAUAAAAAUGGGACUUUCCACAGUGUCCCCAAUUUCAUGUGCCAAGGUGGAGACUUUAUCAAGGGCGACGGGACUGGAUCCUUCUCGAUAUAUGGGACCAACUUCCCCGACGAGAAUUUCCAGGAAAAACAUACUGGUCCUGGUCUGCUGUCCAUGGCGAACUCAGGACCAAACACCAAUGGCUGCCAGUUUUUCAUCACUACGGCUAAGUGCGACUUCCUUGACGGAAAGCAUGUCGUCUUCGGAAAAGUCAUAGACGGCAUGCUCACGCUACGCAAGAUUGAGAACGUUCCGACUGGUCCCAACAAUAGACCCAAACUGGUCGUGAAAAUAACAGAAUGUGGGGAGAUGUGAGAUGAGAUUGUCGCUGAAUCUCUUAGAACUCAGGCAAUAGCAGAAAAUAUGUGAUACGCACAGAAUUGUAUGAACUUGCCUGCAUCCCAUAUCCAUUUGCGAUUGCUUGUACUCAAUCGU